AUGACUACAAUAUGGAAGUUCAGCUUUAUCCUUUAUCUUCAGCUUGUUGAUUUUUGGAAGAGGAAGAAAGUGAGUAGAACUAAACUUGACAAGAAAGAGUUAGCACAGGCACAUAGAUAUGUGCUUUCUAAUUGUGAUGCAGUUGCUCCAUUUAUAGAAGAACACAUUUUACAUCUUAAGAGACAGUGUCGACCACGACGAUUGACACAACUUGAAAUUGACAAGCAACAUGGUCAAAAAUUUAUUGAGUGGUUUAAACUCAGGAUCCAGCGUAUGGAUGAACAAAAGAGCUCAGAAGUUACUCAUGAACUUAGAUGGUUAUCCCGUGGACCAUCUGAGGUAGUAAGAAGAUACACAGGUUAUGCGAUUAAUGGUUUUAGAUUCCAGUGUGUUAGGGUCAUUAUAUAA